AAAUGAAUGUAUCGAUGAACACCAUUGCGUGUGUCAGACUGACACUGUUAGAAUUAGACGUGGUCAAGUAAACAGAACGAACGAAAUCAGUGACAGUAGUGACUAUGACAAUUCAUAAUUUAUAUAUAUUUUCUAAGAAUGGAACGUUAUUGUAUUACGCCGAAUGGAAUAGGUUGAACAGAUCCGGCAUUACAAAAGUAGAGGAAGCUAAAUUAAUGUACGGGAUGCUAUUUUCCAUUAAAUCAUUUGUAAGUAAAAUAUCACCACUGGAUCCGAAGGAAGGUUUCUUGUAUUAUAAAACGAGUAAAUACACGUUGCACUAUUUCGAAGUUCCGUCUGGGUUAAAAUUCAUAUUGAACACCGAUAAUGCAUCACAAAAUGCUAGAGAAUUAUUGCAGCAAUUAUAUAGAGAAGUUUAUUUGGAAUAUGUUGUAAAAAAUCCCCUAUGCCAACUAAAUGAACCCAUUCAGAGUGAACUUUUUAAGCUAAAAGUGGACGAGUUAUUUAAAAAAUCUCCCUUAUUUUUAAGUAGAUCAAUUUAAUUUAUAAUAUUUAUAUAAGGUAUGUAAUGUAUGUAAAUAUAAGAAUGAUUUAAAAGUU